GCGGCGCUCGGAGCGGGCUCCGCGGCUUGCACGGCGCCUGCGGCACGAUCCCGGCUCCGCGGGCGGCGCACGGCGGGCUCGCGCGGGGGGCCCCGGCGCGCCGGACGGCGCAGUACGCAGCGCGCGGACCCACGCCGCAGCCAGGCGCCCGGAGCGGCGCGGCCACACUGCCCGGGGGUCGGCCCUCGGCCCGGGCGCUCGGAGCGCGGCGGCUGCCUGGGCUUUAAUGGCUGCUCCGCGGAGCAGCAGCGCCUAAGGCUGGAAGGCGGCUGCGGCGCAGGAAGGCGCCCGAGCGAGCCUCCUCCGGGGCCGGCCGCGCCCGCCGCGGCGCGCUCCAUGGGGGCGCGCUCCCCCCGGGCGGCUCGCUGACCCGGGACGCCGGGGCCCGCUCGCUCGCCGGCCGCGCGUCCCGGCCAUGAACUGAGCCCGCGGGCCGGCCCCGCGCCUGCUCCGCCCGCGCCUUUCUUCUUGCGCCUCCUCCGCCCGCCGCCGGCGGGCCCGGCUCCCCCGGGGCUGCGGCGCCCGGCUUUCGGCGACCCGCGGGCCCCGGGGCGCGGGGCAGCGGCGGCGGCGGGGGGCGCGCGGCUCCGGGCGCGGCGCCUGCACCAUGAACUACCAGCAGCAGCUGGCCAACUCGGCUGCCAUCCGGGCCGAGAUCCAGCGCUUCGAGUCGGUCCACCCCAACAUCUACUCCAUCUACGAGCUGCUGGAGCGCGUGGAGGAGCCGGUGCUGCAGAACCAGAUCCGGGAGCACGUCAUCGCCAUCGAAGAUGCCUUUGUGAACAGCCAGGAAUGGACGCUGAGUCGAUCUGUCCCGGAGCUCAAAGUGGGAAUUGUGGGUAACUUGGCCAGCGGCAAGUCGGCCCUGGUGCACCGGUACCUGACGGGCACGUAUGUCCAGGAGGAGUCUCCGGAAGAUAUGGAUGCAGGUGGCAGGUUCAAGAAAGAGAUUGUUGUUGACGGACAGAGCUAUCUGCUGCUGAUUAGAGACGAAGGGGGCCCCCCGGAGGCGCAGUUUGCCAUGUGGGUGGACGCUGUGAUAUUUGUCUUCAGCUUGGAGGACGAAAUAAGUUUCCAGACUGUUUACCACUACUACAGUCGAAUGGCCAACUAUCGGAACACAAACGAGGUUCCUCUGGUUCUGGUGGGAACCCAGGAUGCCAUAAGUUCCACUAACCCGAGGGUCAUCGACGAUGCCAGGGCGAGGAAGCUCUCCAAUGACUUGAAGCGGUGCACGUACUACGAGACGUGUGCCACAUACGGGCUGAACGUGGAGAGGGUCUUCCAGGACGUUGCCCAGAAGAUUGUUGCCACGAGGAAGAAGCAGCAGCUGUCCAUAGGCCCCUGCAAGUCGCUCCCCAAUUCUCCCAGCCAUUCCUCCGUCUGUUCGGCCCAGGUGUCCGCCGUGCACAUCAGCCAGACAAGUAAUGGCGGUGGGAGUUUAAGUGACUAUUCCUCCUCCGUUCCAUCGACUCCCAGCACCAGCCAGAAGGAACUUCGGAUCGACGUUCCUCCCACUGCCAACACGCCCACGCCCGUCCGCAAGCAGUCCAAGCGCCGGUCCAACCUGUUCACCUCUCGGAAAGGGAGCGACCCAGACAAAGAGAAGAAAGGCCUAGAGAGCCGUGCGGACAGCAUCGGGAGCGGCAGAGCCAUCCCAAUUAAACAGGGCAUGCUGUUGAAGCGAAGUGGCAAAUCGUUGAAUAAAGAGUGGAAAAAGAAAUAUGUCACCCUGUGUGACAAUGGCGUGCUGACCUAUCAUCCAAGUUUACAUGAUUACAUGCAGAAUGUUCACGGUAAGGAGAUUGACCUUCUGAGAACCACUGUGAAAGUCCCAGGGAAGAGGCCGCCCCGAGCCACGUCAGCCUGCGCUCCCAUCUCCAGCCCUAAAACCAAUGGCCUGUCCAAGGACAUGAGCAGUUUACACAUCUCACCCAAUUCAGGGAAUGUCACUAGUGCAUCUGGGUCUCAGAUGGCAAGCGGCAUCAGCCUGGUCUCCUUCAACAGCCGACCCGACGGCAUGCACCAGCGUUCCUACUCAGUCUCCAGUGCCGACCAGUGGAGUGAGGCUACAGUCAUUGCAAACUCGGCCAUCAGCAGUGACACAGGGCUGGGUGACUCCGUAUGCUCCAGCCCCAGUAUCUCCAGCACCACCAGCCCCAAGCUCGACCCGCCCCCCUCCCCUCACGCCAACAGAAAGAAGCACCGAAGGAAGAAAAGCACCAGCAACUUCAAAGCCGAUGGCCUGUCCGGCACUGCUGAAGCCAAACGCAAAGCAUGGAAACUAAACCGUGUUGGUAGCCUGCGAAAUAUAUACAGCAGCAGCACCAACACCGAAGAACAAGAAGAAAACUUUGAGUUUAUCAUUGUGUCCCUCACUGGCCAAACGUGGCACUUUGAAGCCACGACGUAUGAGGAGCGGGACGCCUGGGUCCAAGCCAUCGAGAGCCAGAUCCUGGCCAGCCUGCAGUCGUGCGAGAGCAGCAAGAACAAGUCCCGGCUGACGAGCCAGAGUGAGGCCAUGGCCCUGCAGUCGAUCCGGAACAUGCGCGGGAACUCCCACUGUGUGGACUGCGAGACCCCGAAUCCUAACUGGGCCAGUUUGAACUUGGGAGCCCUCAUGUGCAUCGAGUGCUCAGGGAUCCACCGGAAUCUUGGCACCCACCUUUCCCGAGUGCGAUCUCUGGACCUAGAUGACUGGCCAGUCGAGCUCAUCAAGGUGAUGUCGUCCAUCGGGAACGAGCUAGCCAACAGCGUCUGGGAAGAGGGCAGCCAGGGGCGGACGAAGCCCUCCGUAGACUCCACAAGGGAAGAGAAGGAACGGUGGAUUCGUGCCAAGUACGAGCAGAAGCUCUUCCUGGCCCCACUCCCCUGCACGGAGCUGUCCCUGGGCCAGCACCUGCUGCGGGCCACCGCUGACGAGGACCUGCGGACGGCCAUCCUGCUGCUGGCGCACGGCUCCCGGGACGAGGUGAACGAGACCUGUGGGGAGGGAGACGGCCGCACAGCGCUGCACCUGGCCUGCCGCAAGGGGAACGUGGUCCUGGCGCAGCUCCUCAUCUGGUACGGGGUGGACGUCAUGGCCCGCGAUGCCCACGGGAACACCGCGCUGGCCUACGCCCGGCAGGCCUCCAGCCAGGAGUGCAUCGACGUGCUGCUGCAGUACGGCUGCCCCGACGAGCGCUUCGUGCUCAUGGCCACCCCCAACCUGUCCAGGAGAAACAAUAACCGGAACAACAGCAGCGGGAGGGUGCCCACCAUCAUCUGAGGGGCCGCCGUGCCCCCGCCUGCCGCACCCGGCACGCGGCAGCCUCACCGCACACUCGCUCGGAAGUCGCAGCACGUGAGUCCCGUCGCAUCCCCUCACUCUUCCUGGUGGUCGCCUCCUCCCACCCACCCACCCACCCUCACCCCAGACAAAAUCACAAAACCUGGACAUCCUGGAGGGGCAAAGAGGCGGCCGGGAGACUGCAGAAGAAGUGGCUCCUUUGCAUAAACUCCCCUAAACCACAAACAGGAGAGGGUGUCGGGCCCAGCUCUUUGAUGAUAGCACACGGCGCAGGACCCUUGUCCUGGUGGCACAAGAGACGGGGACGCAAGGGGGAGGGGAGGCGAGGAACAAGGAGAAGGGGCAACUUUCCUUAACUGGCAGUUAAGCACAUGAGUACAUUUCACCUCUACCAAACGGAACACUUGGAUUCCAUCUCUUCUCCGAGGAGCUUGACGGCAUAAAUCAGAAGCAAGCACAGAGUUUGUCAGGUUUGAAGCCCCUAUGAUGGUAUGUGUCAAAUCAGUUGUAGCUAAUCUGUCCAGGGAGAAUACUGGCUUCAUUACACUUGUAUAGUUGAGUUCUUCCAGCAUUACUGCUGUUUAAUAGAACAUGAUUAGUCAUCACCGAGAAGAAAGCAUAUUAGCCGAGGAGGUAGUUACGCGGCACGCUCCGGUGAUUGCCGCGAUGUGAUUGCAAUACUCUUAGAAGCAUCAUAUUAUCCCAGACAUGUUCUUUCAAGCCCUUGGAGCCCUCCUUUCUAAAUUCACUGUCAUAAUUUAGUAUCUGUUUAAUUUUUCAGUCCAAAGAGAGGAAAUCAGUCGCUGAGUAUUAUUUGACGGCAGUCUCUUUGGUGCAAAAACAAAAUGGGAAAAAUAAAUAAGAAUAACUCAGAAAUUCAAAAGGAAAUCACAAAUUCAGCAAAUAAUAGCGUUUCGAGUAUAUUUCGUAAACUAAGUAAAUACACAAAAUACACAUGGUUAUUUUUUCCGGCCAUAAGAGAGAUUUUAUGUCCUUUUGCCGAGGUGGAUGUGUUCGUCUCAGGCCCUCCUGGGCCGCAUUGCCCAAGUCACACAGGCUUCUGUAUUAUGUAUUUAGAUCAGAUGUGUGAAAAUAUAUUUGAAUAAAAGAAGUUCAUAAAUAUGCAUUGAUUUUUGUACAGACAAAUGGCACCUCUCUUAAUUUAUAAAUUGAACUGGAUGUGAACUAAUAAUGUGCAACUAGUUGAGAUAAGAGAGUUACAGAUCAUUGUACAUGGAAAAUAUUCCCAGCAGUAAACACUUCCAUUAAUGUGAUCUACAGCUUUUAAAAAGGAACAUCUCAGAAUAAGAUGGUGGUACAAUUUACUUAUUAAAAUUGAGAAAGAGGGAAAAAAAAGACACACUGAAGUAUAUUAGAAAGGGAAAAGAAGGAAUGUGAUUUCUCGUGAUUGAAAGCAUGAUUUAGAUCGGAUACGGCUUCUGCUAACCAAGACCAAGGGGCUCUGGUGGACAGGGUGGUUUUCUGAAUGCCAGACCGAGGUGCCUUAUGAAGGCAGCUGCCGAUGGUUCUGUGGCACAGACUGGCUCCUGAGAACCAGACAACCUUGACCUCGCAGCCCGGCCUUCUGUGCGAGUACCCGGCUGCUUCCAAAGUCAGCUGCCUUCAGUGGUGAUCAUCAAACGUAGUCAGCCAAACCAUGGCAUCCCCCAGGUUAAAAAGAAAACAGGGUGGCUUUGCCCAGAGCCCGUUGGCAGUAUGACAGUGUGGGGAAGGGUUGUCACGAUGGAAGACUAGGACACUGGACUCACAUAGCACAGAAACGCAAAGCCACGCGCGCUGGCAGCCCCCGGGGUGUUCCUUGCUCUCGUAUAUUAAACCUUAUGUUUUAUAAGAGUUUUUCCUCUUCUUUCACUUUUUAAAAAAAUUAAAGUAGGUGGGGAAAAAAUAAAGCUUUACACAGAAUUUAUAUGUGGGUAAGUGUUUCAUGGGAAUUUCUAAUCUUAGCAAAGCUAAGUGGAGAUUACUCGUGUCCAAAAGUCUAACAGGUCCAGAAGCCACACGUCUGAGAACCUUGACGACAGUCCCAUCGUCCUGCCACUCGGCUUUUCAGUCUGCGUUCCAUCACUGUGUCGCUAUUGUCAAUGUGAAUAGAGAAGAAAGGUCAUUGCCUAUUUUUGAAGAACACGUUCGUGUUCUAAUCUGCUAGACACAUUCGCCUCCACACAGCCUUUACCGUAGACUCUGUAGUGAACACAGAUCUAGUAUAAAUGAAAUUCUUAAAUUAUUUCAUUGUAGUCAAUCCCCACUAUAGGAAUGCUUUAUCAUAGUGAAGCCUUCUUUUGAGAAGAAACGGAAUUCCUUGUGGCUUAUCUUCGGGAUGUAUAUGAGUGUGUACAUAUUAUUCUAUGUGUUUAUAAUAUAAUAUUUUCCCAAAUGA